AGCUCGGCCGCCUCCUCGGCCUGAAGAUUCCCCGCCCCCUCCCGCCCCCUCCCCCUUCCCAAAGAUCAGCGUUUUCUGGGAGAAACGCUCCGGAGUGGUUGAUGAAUGAGAAGAGGACUGGAAAGAUGCGUAAGAGGAGGGGUGAGGAUGCCGGGGGUGAGCACCAGGGUCACAUCGCCAACAGAUUGUGCGGCUGUUUGAGGACCUCCACAGGCCCCACAGCCUCGUUUAUCACCCAUUCUGACUCCAGGGACCUUGCUAACAAGUUGGCGGGUUUUGCGCCUGCAGAGAGCCUCCUGCCAAGUUAGACUGUGCCGAAGUAAGGGGCUGGAUGGGGGAGCGGCUCUGGGGCAAAAGGGAGUAGAGAAAGGCCCGGGGGUGGGUGGAAGAGUCUGAAUGUGGCCCACAAAUGCAGCGCUGGAAAUGGGCAGAGCUGCUGCUGGCUCGCGAUCUCUGUCUUCACCUCUUUAUCUGUCUCCAUCUGGCUCCCUGUUUCUCCAUUUUUCUUUCUUUCUCUCUCCUUCCUUCCAUCUUCUUUCUUUCCCUUCCUUUUUUUCUUCCUUUUAUUUUCGUUUCUUUUUAAAGGGGUUUUUUUUUAAAGCCAUGAUGCAAUUUCUUUGGUAUUCACCGUUGCCCCAAAACUUUAAGCAACUCUCGUAUCCAAGGGGCCAGGCAUGUUGCUUUGGGCUUUGGGCAAACAGGUGGAACUGCCCUGUGUAAGCAGUAAGAACGGGUGCAGGAGACGCUGUCGCGUGAGGGGUGGCUUUGGGAGAACAGCGGAGCUGGCCGCGAUUCUUACUUCCCUUCACAAUUUCCUCCUCCUCCUCCUCCAAGAAGAUAAAAGAAAGCACCGCGGAUCUCCCUCUCACCCCCAGGCUCCGGACGCAGAAGACGGAGAGAAAAUUCCACUCUCCCCGGAGCAGAUAGGGACCAGCGCGACAGCCAAUCAGAGCGCGGCUCGGCGCGGGCGCUCGCGACCGCCCGGGCCGCAGCAUCCUCCAGGCCAGCGAAGUUCCCGCAACUCGCCCGCCUCUAGGGUCCGCGUCCUCCUUGUGCCCGCGGCCCAGCGGAGGCCGAGGGAGCCGUCCAAACUUUAUUAAUCUCUCCCCCUUUCUUUCUCCCUCAGCCCAGUGCAUCUCAAAGGUCAGCCCUUUUCUUUUAAAAGACUGAUAUUAUUAAUGCACUGACAAUCCCCCCCCCCACUUUCUUUUUUCUCUCUUGCAGGGGGGAAAAAGGGAAAUGGU